CGUAAUAGUCGAGUGGCGGACAAAUGCUUAGUUGAGCGUCACCAAUAUCGCGAAUCAGUGAAAAUUGCAAACAUUUUCCAUUCGAUUUUUUUUAUAUUCAUUUUUCACAGUAAUUUUUCAAAAAAAGACUGAUUUUUUGUGUGCUACACAUUCGAACAAGAAAGGAACCAUUCGGAAGUCGAUUAAAAUUUGCAGUGCAUAAAAUUUAAAAUUUGCUGUGUGAGUAAACUGUAAAAGAACGCUUGAAACAAGCAACGAUUAUUUUUAUUUAAAAAAAAAAAGAAAUUGCGCAUCGUUAUUGCAAGUCGCCAAAUUUUCAUUGCAUUCAACUAAUUGUUUUCAAUUACGAUUUGGUAAUAUUUGCCGUGAAAUUAUUUGAAGUUGUAUUUUAUCGAUGCCAAUAACAGGCACAAAAACGAGCGUCGCUAGCAAGACGCCUAGCGCUGCUAGUAAAACACCAACUGCAGCUAGCAAAGCGUCUAGCCCGGCUGGUAAAACAUCAACGGUAUCCAGUAAACUAGAUGGUGCCGUACCAAAAACGAAUGCUACAACACGCGCACCAUGGUUAAAAGAUGCUGGUAAAACCACAUCGACAACCCAAGCACCAUGGUCGAAACGGAAUUUAACAACAACUCCAGCCGAUAGUAAUGGCACACAAAAAGAAGUAAAAUUACAAUCACGUGAAAUAAAAGUGCCAGUUGUAACGCAGCGAAAACCAUCGAUACCGGAACCAUUGGUAAAGCCAAAGCCAAAAGAGGUUAAAGUCACCGUACCCGAAGAUAAUUAUGAGACAUCAUCGUCUGAAUAUGAAGAAGUUACCGAUUCGGAGGAGGAAGAAGAGGAGACUGAAGAGUCCGGAAGUAGUUCGGAAGAGGAGGAUGAUGAAAAUAAGCACAAGCUACCGAUCCAAGUGAAAUUGAAGCCAGUCGAAAAGCCGGCCGAAGUGAAAAAAUCACCAAGUGGUAAGUUUGCAAAACCUGCCUGGGCAAAACCGGCCCUUAAAAAAGUCCCCACACUUGACAAACUCAAUAAGCCAAAACCACCACCGCCAACGAUACCCGAAUCAAAAGUAUUGCGUCAUGUUGAAAAGCCCAUUUUACCGGAGGAAAAACCAGAGAAAACUUUCGAAUUUCAACGACCACAAUUGCGUAAGCAGGAUAGCUUAACGAAAAAACCAUCGAUACCACCACCUCCACCACCUCCGAAAAUGUGCCCACCACCGCCUCCACCACCCGGUUUAUGUGCGCCACAAGAUUUUAGUAAAAAAGAAAUGUCGGAGAAGGGAAAAGAAACGUUAGAAAAAUUAAAAUCACGUCCACGAAGACGUCCCGAUUGGUCUGAUAUGAUGAAAGAAGUGGAACAGGGUAGAAAACUACGCCACGUCCAAUGUAACGAUCGAUCGAAUCCAAUUCUAAAAUCCGAAACAAUAACAAAUAUAAAGGGGCAAUUUGUUUUUGAAUCGGAAAAAGCAAAUGUUCACAAUGCAUUGUUGAAACAGAUUCAAUUUGGCAUUAAAUUAAAACCAACGAAAACAAAUGAUCGCUCGAGGCCGGUACUCGAAGGAUUGCGUAAAUUCCGUAAACAAAUGACGAUCGAAGAACAAAUUCAAAAAUCCGAGUCUCGAGCGCAAUUGGGUAUGGGACAAGAUCCAGUUGAGGAGACAACAUUUCCAGAUUCUGCCGAUGAAAUGGAUGACAUCGAUAAACUUCGCGAUGAUUUACAGAGCACGAAACAGAUGUUAGCCCAAGAGCUACGAAAUAAAGAAGCACAAGAGCGUGAAAAUAAACGUUUAUUAGCCAAAAUACAAAAUUUAGAAGCCGAAUUAAGUAAAUCGAAAACGGACGACGGUGAGAGUGGCGGUGAAGUGAAGAGUUCGUCGUCGGGUGGAAACAAUGAUGCACUCAUCAAUUCACUAAAAUCCGAAGCUGAAGAAGCACAAAACACAUCGAAACUGCUAGAGAAGAAAUAUCAAGAUGCAGCCGGCCAAUUGGAUUCAGUCAAGAGUGAGGUUGAAGAGCAAAAACGUAAGAUUGCUGAAUUGGAGAAAAAAUUGGCACAGACACAGGACGACUGGUGCAGCUAUUGCGGUUCCUUAAAAUCAAUUAACAUUUACGAUAAGGUACACACAUCGGUCGAUCUUCCGGGUGUGCCAUCGAGUACAAAUUCACGUCGUCAAAGUGAAGCUCCCAUUAAGGAAACGACACCCGAACCAGAUUUCGAUUCGUCCGGCCCAGAAGACGAUGAAUUGGACGAAGAGCAAAAGGAAGCACGGAUAAAAAGACGUUUGACCCGCGAAGUUAAAUACUUGAAGGGUAAAUUAGAAAGACUUAAGGAUAAACAACAUAACGCAAAGAAAGAGCGACAAGCAAUUCGAGAAUCAAUGAAAAAGAAUCAAGUUACACUUAAAGACGAAAAGAAGAAGUUUAAGAAAUUACAACGAGAAGUUGACAAAAUGGCUGCACUAAUGAAAGACGAAGAUGAUGAGGAUGAAGAUGGCGAAGGCGAAGGAAAAGAUGAAGGUGAAAAUGAAAAAGAAGACAGCGAAGCCGAAGAGUCUGAAUCAGAAGACUCUGAUGGCUCUGAAGGUUCUUCGGAUAGUGAGACGGAAGAGAGUGAACCAGAGGACGCAUCCGAUGAGAAGAAGAAAACGAAUUUCGAACCACGUAUCAAACGGCACGAAGGUCGAUUGGCAGCACUUAAGAAAGGCAAUCUAUUGCGACAAGCCAAUUUGGAUCGUCUUGUUGAUGAAAUUAACAAACUACGUGAUGAUUCGGUUACAUUGCAACAAGAUUUGGACUCUGUGUUAUCAGAAUUGGGUUAAAUCAUUUGCAAAAUGCAUGCAUCGUUUUAUAUUGUUUAUAAACAAAUUUUGUAUAUACUUAAGGAGUACGACCUCGAUUCAAAACGACAUUUUUUGAAAAAAUAAUUACGCAAGUUGUUUUAUUUCAAAAUGGAAUUUGGUCAAUUAUUUUCAUAAUAGUAAGCGUCUCUAUAUCUGUCA